AUGAACAAGGUUCAGUUGAUAAGACAGAGAUUGCUCACAGCUCAAAGCAGACAAAAAUCUUAUGUGGAUAAGAGGAGAAGAAAUCUCACAGUUGGGGACAAAAUUUUUCUACGAGUUUCUCCUAUGAAAGGGGUGAUGCAUUUCAGAAAAAGAGGAAAAUUGAGCCCGCAAUAUAUAGGACCAUAUGAGAUACUUGAUCGGGUAGGAGGAGUGGCGUAUCGUUUAUCACUUCCUCUUGAUAUGUCUUUCAUCCAUCCAGUGUUUCAUGUCUCAUUGUUAAGGAAAUAUAUAAUGGACUCCUCUCGUGUUCUUGAAGCACCGACUAUACAUAUUGACAAAAAAUUAAUGUAUGAAGAGGAUCCAGUGGCUAUUAUCGACAAACAAGUGAGAAAGUUACGAUCAAAAGAAAUUGUGUCUGUAAAGGUCUUAUGGAGAAAUUAUACCGUUCAAGAAGAUACAUGGGAGUCAGAGGAUGACAUGCGAGUCAAGUAUCCCCACUUGUUUCAGUCUACACGUAUGCACUUGUUUAAAUUCGGGGAUUGA